CAUUAUUAAAUAUUAUUCAUACCAAAUACAUGAACUGGAUAUUCAAGGCAUGUUUAUCCUUUCAACAGUAUCAAUGUAUCUUUGCUUACUAUCUUUUGCACAUCAGAAUAUUUUGAUCAAUAUUGUAUCGAUCCAUUUUCGCUUUCCGUUCAGAAGUUGCGUGUGCACUACAAGGAACCGAGCAAGGGAAUCAUCAAAAUAUGCCCUGCAUCAGAUCUGGAUGUCAUAUAAUGAAGGUUCCAAGAUUUCUCGUUCCCUCUCAUGCCAAGAAGUGGUUAAGGUCACGUAACAAAUUAUUGGGACCACACAAAAAUGAUUUUUUCUGUAAGUAAUCGGUUUUAGUAUUUAAAAUAUCAAUGCUGUGUUUGCUCUGAUUCUGAUUUUUUUUCAAUUUAGGUAAUAAAGUAUUAAAAAUUAU